GCCCCCCUGGAACCCCUCAGCGCGCUCGGGCCCCGCAACCUCCAUCUCCCCGCCUGGACAAAUGGGGAGCCCAGCGUCCUCCGAGGACCGCCGGGCCUUCUGCUCUCCCGGUUGCCAGGGGGACGGCCAGACCCCCCGUGCGCGUCCCUGUCGUCAUCGUCGUCGGAGGGUGGGGUUUCGGCGGGGCGCGGACGGACCGACGGACUCGGCGGGAAUGGGGGGUGUGGCUGCUCGGCCAGGGUGCCCCGGCGGCCGGACCCCCUGGGCCCCCGGCUGCUAGAGAUGCUGUUCUUGGCUUUGCAUGCAGGCGCCUGGGAACGCUGGUGCUGCUGCUGCCUGAUUCCCGCGGACCUACCCUGGGACGGAGGCCGGCGCUGGCGGCUGGACAUGGCGGGCACGAGAUCGGUGCACGAAACCAGGUUCGAGGCGGCCGUGAAGGUGAUCCAGAGUCUGCCGAAAAAUGGUUCAUUCCAACCAACAAAUGAGAUGAUGCUCAAGUUCUAUAGCUUCUAUAAACAGGCAACCGAAGGGCCCUGCAAACUUACCAGGCCUGGGUUCUGGGAUCCUAUCGGAAGAUAUAAAUGGGACGCCUGGAGUUCACUGGGUGAUAUGACCAAAGAGGAAGCCAUGAUUGCGUAUGUUGAAGAAAUGAAAAAGAUUCUUGAGACGAUGCCGAUGACUGAGAAAGUUGAAGAACUGCUGCAUGUCAUAGGUCCGUUUUAUGAAAUUGUAGAGGACAAAAAGAGUGGCAGGAGUUCUGAUUUAACCUCAGUCCGAUUGGAGAAAAUCUCUAAGUAUUUAGAAGAUCUUGGUAAUGUUCUAACUUCCACUCCAAAUGCCAAAACUGUGAAUGGCAAAGCUGAAAGCAGCGAUAGUGGAGCUGAGUCUGAGGAAGAGGAGGCCCGAGAAGAAAUGAAAAAAGCAGACCAAAGCAAUCAUGAAAAUAAGAAAAUGGUCGCAAAAUCAUCAGGGCAUGAAAAUAUGGAAAUAAUUGUUCCUAGUGGCUCUGAUAAAGACAGUUGUGUUCAGGAUGUAGAGCCUGAUGUUCACGCCACUGCAUCCCUGAAUGGAACCGUUACUGAAGAAGUGAAACUGGUGGAUCAGAACUUGGAACAAGCAGGGAAAACCACCAGUGGCGUUUACCAAGAUGCAAAUGAAGAUCAUGUUGAAGAUGUUUCAGGAAUCCAGCAUUUGACAAGUGAUUCAGAUAGUGAAGUUUACUGUGAUUCGAUGGAGCAGUUUGGACAAGAAGAGUCUUUAGACCUCCUCAUGUCAAACAGUGGACCAUUUCAACACUACCUGAAUGGUGAUCCCAAUAAACCCUUGGAAAACUGUGGUUUUUCUGAAGAUGCGCCGGUCGUUGCUGGAAAUGGCAGCAUUGGGAAUAUUCAGGUGGCAGCAGUAGAAGGCAAAGGUGAAGUAAAGCAUGGAGGAGAAGAUGGCAGGAGUGACAGCGGAGUGCCACACCGCGAGAAGCGAGCCGGAGAAAGUGAGGAAUUCUCCGGAGUCAGAAGAGGGAGAGGACACAGGAUGCAGCAUUUGAGCGAAGGAGCCAAAGGCCGGCAAGUGGGCAGCGGCGGCGACGGGGAGCGCUGGGGCUGGGACCGGGGGCCCCGAGGCAGCCUCAACGAGCAGAUCGCCCUGGUGCUCAUGCGCCUGCAGGAGGACAUGCAGCACGUCCUGCAGAGACUCCACAAACUGGAAACCCUGGCUGCCUCCCAGGCAAAGUCAUCAACACUGCAGAGCAGCGUUCGUUCCUCCUCACAGAGACCUUCUUGGUGGCCCUUCGAGAUCUCUCCUGGUGCAUUAACUUUCGCUAUCAUUUGGCCUUUUAUUGCCCAGUGGUUGGUGCAUUUAUAUUAUCAGAGAAGGAGAAGAAAACUGAAUUGAUCAAAGUGGUAUUCUACUCAAGAAGACUGCUGGGCCUGGAGCACCUCAGAAUGAAAUGGAUUGUGGAGUUAUAAGAAACUUGAGUUGUGAUGAUUACAUUUCCUUUUGUGGUCCAGGAGUUUGGUUUGUGUACAUAUAUACAUACGUAUUUUUUUUUUUUUUUGCACUAUACAAAUGAUAACAUUCUAAGGACUAAUAUUGCUGAUACUUGAAUAAUCAAUCUCAACUAGGUUAUAAGUAGCAUAUAUAGCUAGGCUUGCCCUGCACUUGAACUUGAAGGACAAUAAGUUAUUAAUUAUUGUUUGGUAAUAUGUUUACCUGAUUAUCUCCCAUAGGGAACUAUAAGCUGCUUUUCCAAGUUACACUUGUGAUAAUGAGAUCAGAUUUAUAAGUGGGUAUUUUUAGUUUUUUAAGCUAAAUGUGGGGAGGAACGCAAACCAGGAGUGAAUUUCAAGUGAGAUUAGGUUAGCUUUAUAUCGUGGUCACUUAAUUGCCAUGCCAAGGGGUAGAGGAUUGCGUGGAGAAUCUUCUCCAUGUCAUUUUGUGGGCUGUCUUGGAGCUGUCUGUGGGCAGUCACAGUUCUGAGUUGGUGUCCUUCCUCUGUUAAUUACAAAGAAGAGUGAAGUCCUGUUAAGCUGGGCUUCGUUUUUCUCUGUGAUUCAAAGGACAGAACCUGCUGACGGAAACCAUGAAGAGUAGCUUCGCGGAGGCUUAGACGUAGAUUCUGAGCCUGCAGGCGAUUAAUAAGAUUUUUAUUCAGUCAUAUGCAUUGAUUCCUUUGUAAUCAUUUUUCUCUGAGGAUGUACAGUAGUUGCUUCAUAGGGUGCUUUAAAAUAUAAUGAAAACUUAUUUAUACUGUUUUUACAAAGGUUAAAAAGGAGACACAUGAAAAUCACUUUUCUGUAACUGGCGAAAUAUACAGACUGGACUCUUAACCUCUUAGUGCCUCAGAUUUUCCUUCAGAGUAUAAUAUUUCCGACUUAUCUGCCCCACAGGCGUGUCAGAAGGGUUUGCCAGCUAAAGGCUGCAUGCUUCCAUGGGAAUAAGGCACGCACAAUGAAUGGAAACCUAAACCUCUCCAUGCACCUGCCACAUUUAGACUGAAUGCUUAAGUUAGAGUCCCGAAAAUGUUGUUUAGAAAAAUCAUUCCUCCUGUUUACCUGUUAAAACUUCCUGCUAACUUAGACGCGUCCUGUGCUGUAAGGAUUUCCUUCUUCCAAAGGCUUUGACUGAAGUAAUUUUUAAGCAUUCUCAAUGCAGGGUGUUGGCUUUAGCCUCAGGUGUUCAGAAUUUUAAGUGAGAGGGAAAGAAUCCAUCUCUAGCAUACAAGCUGCCUCUGUGUGUAACAAUGCAGUGUGCUUUGCCGUAAUUCCUUUUUCAUUCAUAUUACCCAUGGUUAUUUUUCUUUAAUUCCCAUCUUGAUUAAGAUGUGUUUAUCUAAAGGGAUGUACUAGUAUUUGCUUUUAAAAACCUCUUGUCUGCUUAUUGAAAAAACAAGUAAAGCAAGCAGUUGAACUAUAAGUAAAAAUAAAGUUUAGGCCUUUGGGUCAGGGAUUAUUUUCAAAAACAAGACACCAAUUUGGUGUCAGAAAGUGGUAGCUUCUCUCUUAGUUUGUAAGUAAAUAAAAUACAGUUACAAUAUUAAAUGUAAGCAGUGCUCGAGUCAUCGCAAGCAGCAGGGGCAACUAACUCCUAGGAUCAACCAUUUGUAUCGGGUUCCAAAGUCUUAUUUUAUAGCUUGAAAACCACUUUGCACACAGUUCUUGUAUAUAAAAGUAAAGAUGUAAUUAUAGGGUUUAGUGUUUCUGCUUUGUUUAAUGACAACCUCAUUUUAAAUUUAAAUUGGACAGCUAUGGUAUUUUUUUAAUGAUCAACUUCUUUUCUGUUUAUUGUAAAAACUAAGUUAAAAAUAAAAGGUUAGUGAGAAAU